UUCCUGCCGGUGUGGAUGUCAGAGUGGGGUUGAACGGGACGUUCUUCUGCUCGUUCCUGUCGUGACCGUUCUUCGUUUCUGAAUUCGUGGUCCGGUUGACGGGCUUUUCGACACAUCGAAAUGGCUCAACUAUCUCUACGUUUGGCUUCCUCGAUAGCAAGGCAAUUGCCGAAUGCUACAAUUCAGGUGAAAUGGCCUGUUGCAAGCAUUGCAUCCUGCAAAUAUCAUGUAUCCUGCAGUCGUCGUUCUGCUGAAAUCUCUUCCAUUUUGGAGGAGCGUAUACUUGGUUCAUCUCCAAAGACCAAUCUUGAGGAAACUGGUAGGGUAUUGAGCAUCGGUGAUGGUAUUGCUCGUGUAUACGGGCUUAAAAACAUUCAAGCUGACGAGAUGGUAGAAUUUAGUUCAGGAUUGAAGGGUAUGGCUCUGAACUUGGAACCCGAUAAUGUUGGUGUUGUCGUAUUUGGUAAUGACAGGCAUAUUAAGGAGGGAGACAUUGUUAAACGUACUGGAGCUAUCGUGGACGUGCCAGUCGGCGAAGAAUUGCUAGGACGUGUCGUAGAUGCAUUGGGUAAUCCUAUCGAUGGGAAAGGACCCCUUAACAGCAAGUUAAGAUUCCGUAUUGGUACCAAGGCACCUGGUAUUAUCCCUAGGGUAUCUGUAAGAGAGCCUAUGCAGACUGGAAUUAAAGCUGUAGAUUCUUUGGUACCUAUUGGUCGUGGUCAACGUGAAUUGAUUAUUGGUGACAGACAGACUGGUAAAACUGCUCUUGCCAUUGAUACUAUCAUUAACCAGAAACGAUUCAAUGACGCUGGAGAAGAAAAGAAGAAAUUGUACUGUAUUUACGUUGCUAUCGGUCAGAAGAGAUCUACCGUAGCCCAAAUUGUAAAACGUCUGACGGAUAGUGGAGCCAUCAAUUACACUAUUAUUGUCUCUGCUACCGCUUCUGAUGCAGCACCUCUACAGUAUUUGGCUCCGUAUUCUGGUUGCGCUAUGGGAGAAUUCUUCAGAGAUAAUGGGAAGCACGCUUUGAUCAUAUACGACGAUUUGUCGAAACAAGCCGUUGCAUAUCGACAAAUGUCUCUGCUGUUGAGACGACCACCAGGUCGUGAGGCCUACCCUGGUGAUGUAUUUUACCUUCAUUCCCGUCUUCUCGAAAGAGCAGCUAAAAUGAACGAGAGUCUGGGAGGUGGUUCGUUGACUGCUCUACCAGUUAUCGAGACUCAGGCCGGUGAUGUGUCCGCUUAUAUCCCUACGAAUGUCAUCUCCAUCACUGAUGGUCAGAUUUUCUUGGAAACUGAAUUGUUCUACAAAGGUAUUCGCCCAGCCAUUAACGUAGGUUUGUCCGUAUCGCGGGUCGGAUCUGCCGCUCAGACGAAAGCCAUGAAACAGGUUGCUGGUUCCAUGAAAUUGGAGUUGGCUCAAUACCGUGAAGUAGCAGCUUUCGCACAAUUCGGGUCUGACUUGGAUGCCGCAACCCAACAACUUUUGAACAGAGGUGUUAGAUUAACAGAACUUUUGAAACAAGGACAAUACGUACCUAUGGCUAUCGAAGAACAAGUAGCUGUUAUUUACUGUGGUGUCCGUGGAUACCUUGACAAGAUGGAACCUACAAAAAUCACUGCCUUUGAAAAAGAAUUCCUUGCCCACAUCAGGGCCAGCCAACGAGACCUCUUAAAUACAAUCGCUAAGGAAAAUACUAUUAGCGAAGCCUCUGAUGCGAAAUUGAAAAAGGUCGUUACUGACUUCCUUGCAUCUUUUUCGGAGUAACUUGUCAGUAUAAAUAAAUAAUAUUUCUCUGCUGUGCAAGAGUCAUGUGCAAAUGAUAUUCAUUAUUGUAAUAGUUUUUAAUGUAUAACACUUGCACAUUAUAAAUAUUAUUACAAAGAAAGAAUUCCACAUCCGAACGCUAAAUACGAUAGUCCUACAUGAAUGUUUACUCUCAUUACAUGUUGAUCGUUAUAAAAUAUCAUAAUUGGUUAUUACGAAUGGUUGCUUUUCCCAAAGAAAAUUUCAUUUAUAGCAGAAGCGGGAGAAGUGUAUCGAAAGAAACGAGUAAUAAAGUUCUAGAAUUUUUUCAAC